GUCAGACAAGCAGCAUCAGCGGAAAGAACAUCUCAGUUUAGGCCUGUGCAUGGGUUUACAGCACGCGGCGCAUGGUAGUGAGACGAGACGCCAAGAUAGUGGUUCGGUGGAGCGAGCGUAGGGCUAGCGCUGGAGCAUCUGUAACACUUAGAUGCGGCCAUUCGUUUCCUCAUGCCAGUCGGCUCAGUUGCUGACGCGUCUCGCGCCCGUUUGCCCGAACCCAGUUUUUGAGUUCAGAGCUCCUCGUCACUACCAGGAAAUAGGCUUUUGGAAUCCAGCUGCCAAGAAGCGUCAGUAAUGCGUUUUUCCCUUUCGGAAUCAUAAUCAGGGAGGCUGAGUCGAAUUGUCGGAAACGCCUAUUGACCAACCGUCGUCGUCCGCCAUGGUUCGCCCGCACAGAUCGCUCGUUAGUCGCUGGCUCACGCGCUUCCAUCUGAUUGGCUCGCAGAGAGCAGCUUCCGUCGUCGCAGCCGUCGCAGUCGUCGCAUCGAUCUCCGCCGUCGCAUUUCUCCUAUGGCCGUCGUUUCCCCUGCCACUGUCGCGCUUCUCCUUCUGGCUGUCGAUCCUUCGCGGAGGGCCUUCGUCUCCGCCGUCCGCCUUCCCUCAGAGCGGAUGCGAAACAGCGAGAAAUUGUCGCGAAAAGCGACUGGAUAGAUACAUAUAUGGCGAUCAGGACCCGGCGGAAUUCUGGUGGGAGGACACUGGCAACCGUAUGAGAGACAAGGCGCCCAAGGGGUGGUGGACUGGUUACAUUCUGCGGGUUACCACACACCGCUGGUUCAAUCGGACUGUUACGGACCGUUACCACUGGUGGCACUGGAUGACCGUGAUUGCGCCUGACGACAUGCACAGCGCCAGCAAGGGCCUGGUGCUGUUCAUCAUCGGCUCGGGGUGGACGCAGUUCCACUACCACCACGUGCCCGACAAGGACGAGAUGUUCACUGCGGCAUUUGCUCCCUUGGUAGUGGAGCUGGGGAUGCUGGGGGCGGUGCUGCAUCAGCAGCCAGUGGAGCCGAUGACCUUCUUUGUGGGGCCCAGCGGGCCGGAGAGGUUCGAACGGCUGGAAGAAGACGAGCUCAUGGCGUUUUCCUUCGCCAUGGCAGCAACGCACCCCGGCGAGCUGGAGUGGUUGCUAGCGGCGCCCAUGGCCAAGUCCAUCGUCAGAGGCAUGGACGCGCUGCAGCUCGCCUCCAGGGAGAUCCUCCCGCACGUGCCGGUGGAAGGCUUUGUGACGAUUGGAGUGAGCAAGAGAGGGCUCAUGUCAUGGCUGACGGCAGCACUGGACAAGAGAGUGGUGGGCAUGAUCGCGUACGGCUUUGACCUGCUUGACUUUGCGAGGAACCUCCAGCAUCUGUACGACUCGCUCGGCGCGUGGCCGGUCCUGCUCAAGUUCUAUGCGACUUUCAACGUCACCUCCAAGCUGCUGUUACCCGAGUUCCAAAAAGCUUUUGAAAGCACGGACCCAUACUACUUCAGGGACCGCCUCACCAUGCCCAAGCUGCUCGUCAGUGCGGCUAAUGAUGAAGUGCUAGGGCUGGAUGACACCUACAUGUGGUGGAGCGACGUGCCGGAGCCGAAGCUGCUCAAGAUAAUGGCCAACUCCGAGCACAUGCAGAUUCACCUCAACCAAUGGGCCACUCAAGCCACCCUCUCCUUCCUCUCCUCUCUCCUCCACGCCACCUCCUCCUGUGCCUCUCUCCCCGCCUCCUCCCGCCCCUCCCUCACCUGGACCCGCCCCACCACCCCCUCUUCCUCCCCCCCUCACCGGGCUCACUACGAUCAAGCCGAGGGCACGGGCCUGUUUUCGCAAGAGGGAAGGAAAACUGCAGAAGGGGAGGGAGCAAGGAUGGCAGGAAGGGCGGGAGCAGAGGGACAAGGAUUGACCGAAUCCGAUCAGCAGCUGCCGGAGCACCCUUGGGGCUGCGUGCCCAAGCUGCCAGCUGUCGACUGGCCUCAGCUGAGGUGGCGGUUUGAUUGGCCCACGUUCACCAUCCAUGCCACAUCAGACAGGAAGCCAUUGGCUGUUAGAGCGUGGACUGCGCUCACGGCCAGCCCACGGCGAGAUUUCCGCUUCUUGGUGGAGAGAGGCUCCAAGGGGUGCACCAUGCCGAUACCAACGGUCCCAGGGUCGUACGCGGGAAAGUUCGACCUGUGCAUGCAGCCCAUCCCCUUCUUCCUCGAGAAGGUGUCGCCUCCCAAGCACCACCCCGAGGACGGCCUCUGGCACUUCAGCUCUACCGUCAGCGAUGUUCCCAAGGUGGGAUUUCGGGCCUUAUGGAUUGAAGCCGAUUUUGCGACACCUCAAAGAAGAGAUCCCUUGGUCUUGACAACCGAAGCCCUUCUGGCCCCGAAUAAGCUCCCAUUUUCACCUUGUCUGCCUGGCAACAAUACAUGUCAACUACGUUGGGUGUAGUGAGACAGACGCCGUUCCAGUGCACUAGCACUUCACACUCAAAAUACACGUGAGGCUGUCUUCACACUGGUCUUCCAGUCUAAUAUUUUUUGCACUUAGCACUAAUGCAUGAGUGGUAGGAGAUCCAGUGUUGCGUGUAACAUCUUUGGAGGGUGGAUGCAAGGAAUUCACUAUUCCUUACUGGGGCUCGCUUCAGCGAGUGCACACGAACACCUCGCGUCCGCAGCCUUGGCCCUCAGUUCUCGCGCCAAACCACUCCUGCUGACCUAUUUGGUGCCGAACUACUCGGUUCCGAACUGAGGACCGACCCUGAUAUCGUAUUCCCCCGUAUAAAGCACCCUAGGGUGGUAACCAAAAUGCCUCUAAAUUUUGAGGAGGGUGUAAUUAGAGGCUAAUUUUGUAUAACGCCUGGGUGUUGUGGAACAUGCGUAUGUGAUAUUGUUUUUUCUAAACAAAGUGCACUGUCGUAC